AUGAAACCCGUCACUCUUUCUUUCCUCCUAGGCCUUGUCAGUCUCGCCACAGCCCGCACCGACCUAGAAGGCUGCGUCUCCUCGGAAGUCAUAUUCGACCACUACUAUGCCAGCUACCUCUGGUACGUCCCAGACAGCGGCGAGAUCUGCUCAUUCCUCGACUGCGGUGGCGGCCGCGCACCACCAAAAACCACUCAACCGGGAUGUCCCCAAUACUCCGGAACCGCAACGCUUACUCCCGACUACCUGGAGGGUUGGGGACCCAAUGGCAAACAAGCUGCCUCUACAAGCACUGUGGCGUCAACUGCUUCGUCGACCACUGAUAUUGUGCUCGCUUCCGCAACACAGACUUCUGAGGCGUCGGACUCGUCUUCUCUUUCUUCUUCGUCCCCGUCCGGCACUCAAACUGCUGAUAGCAUGAUCACGGAUGCGCCCUCUGGUCUUACUGCCGUCGCUUCUUCUUUGAAGGUUUCCACCUCGUCGACCUCCAGUACUGGUAACGCUACUUCUACUUCCGCUGCCGCGACUAGCUCAUCCACUUUCAAUGCUGCUGCUACCCCCGCCUCCAACGUGGCCGGUGUCAUGGCAGUGAUGGCUGCUAUGGUCGGAGUUAUGGUGCUGUAA